AUGCGGGAACAGAAUCCUUCCCAUUUCUGCGCCCUAGCGUUAUGUGCUGUUUGUGAAAACAAAUUAUCCAACAGAGACCUCGGUCCUGAUUCGUCUAAUAGGGACAAAGUCGAUUGGGUGAUGGAGCUUUUAGGAAUGAAUCGCAUGACAGCACAAAAGGGAGUAAGUAAUGCCAUGGAUGCUUUGAAUGGAGUUUAUUUCACAAGAAAUGGAAAAUCAUAUACAUUUUUGCACUCAUUAUUCGAAGACAUAGUAACUUUUAUAUUAGGAGAGGAAUCAACCGUGUUUUUAUUUAAGUACUGUUCCAGUACAUUCCUUAGAAGUCAUGUCAAGAUAGUCGACACCCGAGCAAAUGCUGGUGAACAUGUCAUCAUGUUGGAACGUUCUGAAUAUAAAGAUCUGGCUGAGAGGAUGUGCCAGGAGCUAAGAAAAAACAAUAUAGAGGAUAUAUUCUACCAUUCCGCUCUUGGAAAUAAACAUUUUCUGAAAAUAUUUAUGAACGAGUGCUCCAAAGAUAAAAUUGUGGAAUAUGCUAAUGAGAUGAAUAUUCCGUUGUUAGCAUGGAGUUGUCGUGUGGAAAUGUUCAGACUGACAUUGGCCUUAUUAAAGGAAGGGGCUGCUCUGAAUAUUUGCGACGAAACCAAGAGAUCGGCAUUGAUGUGGGUAUGCCGAAAUAAUUUUCGGGCAAAAGACCAAAUUUGUGAUAUCGCGAAAAGAUUAUUGAAUGCUGGAGCAGAUGCCAGACUGAUUGACAACAGGAACUAUAAUGCACUCCUGUAUGCAAUUCGGAAAGGUGAUGUGCAUAUAGUGCGAGACCUCCUCGCGCAUGGCGCUUGUGUAAAAGAAGUAUCCUCAAAGUUGUCUCCCCUUAGCAUGGCUGUUAAAUCUGCCCUGAAGCAUAAACGUACACACUUCGAAUCUGCUCCUGGUCAGAACCAAUCCGAUCAAUAUUCCACAAAGAUAGUAACGCUACUGCUUGAGCAUGGUGCUGAUCCAAACUUUGGGGACGCUGGAGACAAAACUAUGCUUUACCAAUCAGUAUCGCACUCGAACAUUGCCAUCAGCAAGUGUCUUCUACAGCAUGGCGCAGAUGUAGGCUUGUCCAAUACACUGAAUGAAGACCUACUUUGCUGUGCAAUUAGUAAUUGUUCUCUCGAGUUGGUAGAGUUACUCUUAGACAAAAACGUCAGUGUUAACAACCACGACGGGUUUUCAAAAUCUCCCCUGCACCUUGCAGUAAUAAAGGACAAUAGCGACCUCGUAACGCUGUUGAUAAAAAGAGGUGCUUGCGUCAAUUCCAAAGACUCAGGAAGGUGA